AGUAGGUCGUGUACCCCGCUGUUUGGUAUCGGAUUGCAUGUCUCUUCAGUAGAUUAGAGGCGAGGAAUGGAAAGAGUAAUCGGUGUAUUUAUUACAAGAAGUAAUUAAUGCAAAAGGGGAAAUGUGAAUCGUUCAAAUAGCAAUAUAUAUAUAUUUUUGAACUGGAGGAAAGUUAAGAAAACUUGGAAAUGAUUUGGUUUGCAUUGGAAUAUAUAGAGAAUGUUGUUAUAUAGGUAAUUGUUUUUGAAUGAAUAUAGAUGAAUGAUCAAAAGAAAAAAUCACAAUGAAGAUUUCUCAAACUGUGUUGAUUCUAUCUUUAUUAUAUAAAGCUUACGGUGCUAUUCAAGAGCGCAAUUGCCGAGAUUUGUGGAAUUACAAAAAUGCUCGUCAGUCUGGCAACUACGAAAUCGAUGUGGACGGAGACGGACCCCUGAAGCCUCUUUGGGUCUAUUGUGACAUGGGGGAUGGCAGAGAUCCCCAUCAAGUAUUGACUGUAGUGCAUCACGAUGCCGAAGACCAAAAGGACGUUCGGGGUUUUGAAGCGGCUGGUUCAUACGUGCGCAACAUUACCUAUAAGAAUGCAACCGAAGCUCAUCUUAUGGCUCUCAUAGACCUGUCUUUUUCCUGUCAGCAAUUCAUUAGGUGGGCUUGCAGAGGGUCCAUGUUUGGAUUUUGGUACCCUCCUAAUCAUAAUAGUUGGUGGGUUGGAAGAUACUGGAAAGAUCAAUAUUAUUGGGGAGGGGCAGAAACAGAUAGCAGAAGUUGUGGUUGUCACCCAUACUGCCAUCCAACAAAUCGAAAUAGUACCUGUAAUUGUGAUGACAACGACAAAUUGAAAUGGCGGGAAGAUUCUGGCCUCCUGUUGGAUUCGAGCCGGCUUCCGGUGCUCCAACUACGAUUCGGGGACACUGGGGAUCCAAGUGAAGCAGGUCAACACACGCUUGGACCAUUGAUUUGUAGAUCAACUGGACAUCGAGAUAUCUUUAUGGGUGUAUAUAAAGCGCCAGUCACUCUGACAACUCCGGGAUACGAGAUUGGCAAAUACCCUCCCCCGUUCCACCGGUACACGUGGUCAGUGAAGAUACCAGAAGGUGAAACCAUGGAGCUCGUCUUUCCCGAUUACGACGUGGUUCAUCAUGGCUCUUAUAACGCUGUCCCUGGAUGCAGGAGUGUGGUGACGGUGAGAGCCGAAGAAGAAAAUGCCCAAGAGACUGUUCUCAUCAGAAGACAGAAAAGCCCACCAUACUACGCGUCUGAAGGAUCUGAAACCACUGUGAACAUCACCCUCACAACCUGCAACCAGCAUCCAGAGAUCCCUUUGGGAAGAGGUUUCAAGGCAUACGUUAGGAGAACUGAGUGUGGAGGGUGCAAUCCCGGAUUGGGUCUCAACGAAGGACGGACCUAUUGCUCUGGUGUUUGUGGUAUAAUUGCUUCUGAAGAAUAUCCCUUCCCACCAAACUAUUACUUCUCGACCGAAGUUUACUACUUCUCGCACAGUGAUUAUAAUCACACUUGGGUCUUGCAUGUACCCCAGCAUUACGUUGUAGAAUUGGAAUUCAGUGAUUUUGACGUGCCAGCUAUACCAGGAUCCAGGAAUUGCACUGCUGAGAGUGGCGUCCUAUGGAUCUACAGUGGAGAAGGAACCCGAAAGCAAGACCUCAUUGGCGGGUUCUGUAACCUCAACAGGGAGGGCAUUGUGUACUCGAAGACAAAUAUCAUGACUCUUGUAUUUGCAACGAGAUGGAGAAAGGUUGGCAAUGGCAGAGGUUUCUAUGCGGUAUAUCGAGGAGUACAUAAACCAACACAUAAAAGAUUGGGUGUAAAACUCCCUCCGCCCAACGUAGCCGAGGGAAAGCCAACCAGGCAAUCCAGUACCAUGGAUGGAAGAAAUGCACAUUUUGGGGUAGACGGCAAAACCAAUUUUGGCGCUCGAGGAGCAACUUGCACGGCAACCGAGUUUGAGAGGGACCCUUGGUGGCAAGUGAACCUGCAGAAACGAUUCCUCAUCCAUGGAUUUGAACUAUAUAGCGCUAAAUCCGAAUCUAAGAUUGAAGCUUUAGGUUGGCCUGACGGGCAGUACGGACUGCCAAUGCCAGUUUCAGGAUGUCCCACUGGAAAAGGAUUCACUUGGAUGACCGGCUAUCGUUACCAUGACAUGCAGUAUGAAAUUGUCCAAGACAAAAAAGUCUUGCAUUGGACAGAGGGAAUCUUGCUUAAGGGUGGUCUUCAAAGAAAGACAGUUGUUGGUGGAAUUGUGCAAAGAAACGGUGUUGUUCAACACUUCUGUAUAAAAACACGAAUAUAUUCAUCAUACAGGACGCCGAAGAGGUGGCCAGCUGGUGAAUAUUGCAUAUUCCAGUACGGCAAUCGAUGUCCGCCUGAUUUUCAUAGUGGAUACAUAACUUGGAAGGACACCCACCAAAGUACCCUUUCUGACAUCCAAAUAGAGGGCUAUCUUCCCACUGGAAACUACACCUUGGAGACGACGAGGAUUUAUUUCUGCUGCAGAAAUGAUGGAAGUGCUGAAAAUUCGAUUCAACUGCCUAAUGAUGCCCCUUUUUAUCUCUUCAAAUUUGGAAAAUCAUGUCAAAAAGUGGAAGGAAUGUCUGAAAUGGAACAUUUCUUCCACUUCAAUGAAGACGUGUCUCCGUUGCUGCCAUCAAAUCAUCUGGAGAGAGUAGAUGGUUUGCCCAAGUACAGAAGACCUCAUCCGAAAAUAGAUGAUAACAGAUAUGAAAAAGGAAUAGCGGUGCACUAUUGCUACUAUGAUAUAUCUCAAAGUCUGAGAGGUUUCCGUGUGACAGUGGAUGAUACAGGGUUGGUAAGCACUUUCAGCCGCUAUUACGAUGAACUCUCAUAUGGCAUUCCUCACACAGAAACUGGAAAUUUCUCGAAUGCCUACACUUGUCAUGUCUAUCCUGUAACCAAUUCCGAGUUUUCCGUCCUAAGAGUUAAUUGCUCUCAGCUAAUAUAUGGUCAGUAUGUAACACUACAACUGUACAACCGAUUCGAUAGCCUGCAGUUUUGUGAAAUGAAAGUCUUCGCUACAGAAUCAUGUGGUCAGCCAUUGGGAAUGGCAUCGGAAGAAAUAUUUGACAUACAAAUCAGUGCAACCUCUAGUGAAGACGAUGACAGGUACCACCAUACGAACGGAAGACUGAAUGCAAAUUAUGGGUGGUGCGCAAAUGUUACCGAUUCUCUUAAACAAUUUACCGUAGAUUUGCAGAAUUUAACGACCGUCACUGGAAUUGUUCUACAAGGUCUUAAUGGGGCAUCGAAGAAAACAGUAGUAAAAACUUUCUAUAUAUUUUUCAGCAAUGAUUCUAUAGGUUGGGUCUGGGAAGAAGAGCCUGUAGGACAACAGAAGGUUUAUGUAUGUGACCAGUGUGAAUCACCGGAAGUCUACAGUAAUAAUCUAGAAAUGCGAUUUAAUCUUUUGAAAGGAAUUCCUGCUCGGAUUGUCCAAAUUAUGAUUCUUGAAUACUACGAACUACCUUGUUUGAGGUUAGAAAUUUUAGGCUGCAGAGAAAAAGUUCAAUGUGGUAAAAUCAAGAGUACACCACAAGGUGAAGUGUCAUCUCCAAACUACCCUCGAUAUUAUGGCCAAGAUAAGUCAUGCUGGUGGACUAUAGAGCCUGAACCGGGAAAACACAUCGAGCUGAAUUUCAUUAUUUACGAUUUGGCUGAGAAAGAAAAAUCGCUUGAUUCAGGAAGAUGCCGAGAUGAGCUCACAGUCUAUUCAGGAUAUGGAAACAGCUCAAUCAUCAAGUCACCCGAUGGAAAAAUGUUUCCUAAAAGAAUCAUCUCCAAUGGACUGAUGAGAAUCCAUUUGCAGAGUUGCUUCAGAAAUUCCAGAAGCAGGUACAGAGGAUUUUAUGCCCGCUAUAAAUCUGUUGACUGUCCAGGCUGUGGCGUUGGAGAUUUUCAGUGUUCCGAGUUACAUGUGUGCGAGUCGCCAUGUGGAAAGAUUGUUUCUAUUGGGCAUCCUCUCAAUUAUCAAAAUAAUCACCGAUGUAGGUGGCUAAUACAAGCUGAGCCCACCCGUUUUAUCAAUUUAACUUUCCAAGAUUUCGACAUUAUCGGUGGGGAGAAUUGCCAAUAUGAUUAUUUGGCAAUUUAUGAUGGCAAUAAAAUCCUGAAAUCCAAUCUGAUUGGGAAAUUCUGCAACACGAAGAAACCACCUCUUGAAAUAGUAUCCAGCUGGAAUUCGCUUUUGUUGGAAUUCUCUUCAGAUGCUGAAGUGAAUGGCAGGGGAUUUGCGUUGAAGUACGCUUCUAAGAGCUUCCAGAUGCCUGCGGAUAUCCACGUAUACGACUUGGAUGAUGAAUUAGCUUGUCCUAUACCAUGGAAGUACUACAAUGGAAACUGCUACAAUGCUUAUCAUGAAAACGAUGCUAUCCAGUGGUACGAGGCAGAAGAAAAAUGCAAGAAAUACGGCGGUGACCAAAAUGGCCAUCUGGUGAGCAUCCUGGAUAAAAAGGAAAACGCUGUUGUCCAUUAUUUCUUGACUAAUUUUUGGAAUGCAAAGCACAAAUCUCUUUAUAUAGGUCUCAAUGAUGAAGCCAAAGAAGGAGUUUACAGAUGGAGCGAUUGGAAUCCCAUGAUCUACACUGAUUGGGCUGUCUCUGGUCGAAGUCUCCGAACUCAACCAGAUGGGGGAGCUUACCAGGAUUGCACCAUGCUAAGAGUAGAUAGUGGUCAUCCAACCGCCCACUGGCAUGACAUUCCUUGCUCCCUCGGGAAACUGGCCUUCCACAAUUGGGACGGCAUCGACUGGGCUGUCGAAGAUUCAAACAGAACUGGAUCUGAAAAUGAAGUACUGUCCUCCAUCAGCAGUUACAUCUGCAAGAUGAAGAUGCAAAGUGAUAGGCCAGCAGGGAAUGUGGAACGAAUUAAAUCGAUUCCGGCUCAAAUUGGUGGAACGGCCACAACUCCGAUGCCUGCUAUUGCAGCAGAAAAAUACUUCUUGUGCAGAAACAAGGAGAUCAUCUCAACCCAAUUUGUAUGCAACCUUGCUGAAGAUUGCAGAGACGGCAGUGAUGAGGAAACGUGUCCCCAUAAAGAAUGUCCACAAAGUAGCUUCCGAUGUCACAACACAAAAUGCGUUUCCAUUGCUGCUUAUUGUGACUAUAAAGACGACUGUGGCGAUCUCUCGGACGAAUUUAGAUGUCAGCAUCGUGAAUGUUUACCUGGAGAAUUCCAAUGCCGUAAUGGUCAAUGCAUUCCAGAAUCUCAACGAUGUGAUUUGUUACCCAACUGUUACGACAAAUCAGAUGAACAUGAUUGUAAAGGUUUUUGCAACCCAAAUAGUACUUUUCAAUGUUAUGACGGAACAUGCAUUCCACGAUAUACUUUAUGUGAUGGUCACAGAGAUUGUCCUGGAAAAUAUCACGAAGAUGAACAAUACGGAUGUUCUCGAAGAGAAGACAGAGAUGGAAGAAAUGAAGAAAAGAAAUUGUGUUCUAACAGAAGUAGGAAAACAUGCCUAGAUCUCUAUAUUUUGGAUAACAAACGAAUAAGCAAUUAUUACCAGAUUGACCCAGAUGGUCCAGACGGACCAAUACCUCCUUUCACUGUUUUUUGUCGCAUGGGUCGCACGAAGGAUGAAGUGGUCACCAUCGUCCAUCAUGACUCAGAACAAAGCAUCUAUGUCCGCUCGAACAAGGAUGGGCCAGGCAGCUACAGCAGGGUCUUGGUUUAUUCCAUUGGCAUGGACAAGAUAAAAACCCUCACCAAUGCGUCCAAGUACUGCCGCCAAGAGAUUAGCUGGCAGUGUUCUGGCACUGGAUUUCAUUUUGGUUCCGAUAAGCCAUCUUCUUGGUGGGUGUCUUGGGAUGGUAAACCUCAAUACAUAUGGGGCGGUACAAAGAAGAAUAACUCCUGUGGCUGCGUUGAAACAGGAUGCCGUAACCCUAAUUAUACUUGUAACUGUGAUGCUGUGCCAAGGUUUGAAUGGGACAAGGAUGAAGGUUAUCUUGACGAUAAAGAGACUCUGCCAGUUAGUGAGGUUCGGUUUGGCCACACUUUCCGAACUGGUCAGUACGGAUACCAUAGGAUUGGACCUCUUGAAUGCAUGGGAAAUGAUGCCGAAAGUAAUGAAAAGUGUACAAACACAACGAAAUACAUGAAAUGCCAAACUGGCCACUAUGUUUCGAACACUUACAAGUGUCGAUAUGAGUUCGAUCCUUACGGUUAUCAUCUGGGAUGUAGAGAUGUCACGCAUUUAAGGCAUUGUGAGAAUUUCGUAUGCCCAAAAGAUUACGUGAAGUGUCCUGAAUCGUACUGCAUCCCCACCAUUUACGUAUGCGAUGGAAAAUGGGACUGCAUUGGUGGAGGAGAUGAAGAAGAAUGUGAUAGAUACAGUUGUCCUGGACAAUAUAAGUGUUACAACAAAAGUUCUUGCCUCCCACUGAAUAAACUGUGCGAUGGAAUCAGAAAUUGCCCUCAUGGUGAUGAUGAACUUCUGUGCGACCUUACCUGUCCCGAAAAAUGCAUGUGUGUGGGGCUUUUUGUCUCCUGUAUGCGGCAGAAUUCGUCUAUGUUGCCUCAUAACUUGCCUCAAGAAGUGCGCAAGCUAGAUUUUAGUUUCAACCGGCUUGACUUAUUGAAGACAGAUUUCUCCAAAUAUUGGACUUUAGGAGAGUUGAUAUUACAAUACAAUUAUUUGACAAUAUUGCCUCCAAAGAGAUUCAUGCAUCUCAAAAAUUUAUACAAAUUGGAUCUAAGUCAUAACAGGCUGACAUUUAUUGCAUCUUCUGCAUUUGCAGGGCUUACGAACGUUCGAUUACUAAUUCUAGAAAAUAAUCCUACAAUAACUGAAAUUGAACCCGAAGCCUUUAAUGGUCUCUCUAACCUUCCGACAUUAAAUUUAACGGGAAUAUCUCUCAAUGUUUUGAGAAAAACUACUUUCAACGGAAUGUCCAGUCUAAGAACUCUAAACCUGCAAAACAACAACAUUGCAAAAGUAGAAAGCGGAGCAUUUGUUGGUCUUCAUUCUGUGACAGUUCUGGAUAUCAAAGGAAACGAUAUUGUCGAUUUUAAUUCAGAAAUUUUUAUUGGCUUAAAGUCUUUAGAAUAUUUGUAUAGUGAUUCCUACACCUUCUGCUGCAUAGCAUCAAACCAAGUGCCUCUUUACAACUGUCAACCGCCUCCUGACGAAAUCUCAUCCUGCGAGGACCUUAUGAGUAGCCCCAUACAAAGAUCUUUUCUCUGGGUCUUGGGUAUCAUCGCUCUGGUGGGUAAUUUCUUUGUCAUCGUCUGGCGUUGCAAAACCAAGGAUUCCACUCGUAUCAGCUCCACCCUCAUACUCAGUUUAGGAUGUGCCGAUUUUCUUAUGGGGAUCUACCUCAUCAUUAUAGCUAGCGUCGAUGUCUACUAUAGAAGUAUAUAUAUCGAAAAUUCUGACAAAUGGAAACGAAGUAUCCUGUGUAAAAUAUGUGGUUUCCUAUCGACAAUAUCUAGUGAAGUGUCUGUGUUCACACUGGUAUUUAUUACAGUGGAUCGUCUAAUUAGUCUGUGCUUUCCUUUGUCCCAGAAGAGAUUUAGUGUGAAAUUCACUUACAAACUCAUCUUCACAUCAUGGAUUAUAGCAUGUGUGAUGGCUGCCGUUCCCUUUUUCGUACAGCCAUACUUUCAAGGGCGUUUCUACGCUCGUUCAGGGGUAUGUCUGGCUUUGCACAUAACCAAUCACAGACCAGCUGGCUGGGAAUAUUCGGUUGCCUUAUUUUUCUGCAUGAACUUCAUAGCCUUCUUAAUUAUUGCUUCGGCCUACCUCUAUAUGUACAUAACAAUUAAGAAAUCUUACCAAAAUAUGAGCCGACUCAUGUCUCGUCAAUCGAUGACGGAUAAGAUUGGAAGACAGAUGGCUCUCAUCGUAUUGACGAACUCAUUGUGUUGGAUUCCUAUCAUCAUCAUGGGUAUGCUGGCAAUGUCAGGUGUGAAUAUUACAGGUGAAGCUUAUUCCUGGACAGCAAUUUUCGUUUUGCCCCUGAACUCAGCGACGAAUCCUUUGAUUUACACCAUCUCAUCUUUGCACUUUCAAUCAAGGCUACUUUCUAGAUUCGGAUUAAAUACCAAGGACGGGAAAGAUUCAUAUGUCAGGAAACUUUCAAACAAUCCCAUCCCCGAUAAAACAAAACGGAGGCUGACCCAAGAACAGUUGAAUUCAAGGCCAUUUAAACCACCCCACGGAUAUAUCAGCCUGUUACAAUAUCUCAGAACGGUGCCGGGUCUUCGGCCCAGACAUCUGCUCAGAAUUGCUACUGCUAUCUGCAAAACUCUUGCAGAACUUCAUUCCGGUAGUUAUGCAUUAGGAGGAAUCGACGUCAAUGCUGUAUUUAUCAAGGAAACGACUGAUGAUAGCGACGAGAUUCACGUUUAUGUGCCAGAUUUCAAUGCGUACAAAAUAGCUUCUUCGCCCAUCAGUGGCAUGCCAGAUGAUACUGCAGUCGACAUGGAAGAAUUUGGUUUGGUGGUGAAGAAAAUGCUCCGAGUCUACCAUGUCAUAUCCAGGUCGAAUGAUCCCAUGCAAGGGACAGCAUGCUAAAAAAUGGGUUCUAACACUGAAUUAGUUUAUGAAAAAGAAAUGUGAUGAAUGUGUGAAUCAAUGACAGAUAAAUGAAUGAAAGAUACUUCGAACUUCUUAGUAAACAUGAAUUUAUUUUAUUAGAAAACUAAGUGGGCAAUUGAAGCUGUAGACUUUUUGAUAAAGAUUCCAAACGUAAUAUUUCAUGUUGCGAUGCUGUAAUGAUGUGAACCAUUUUCAUUAAACUGAACUAUAUUCUAUUUUAUUAUCUUACUUUUGUAAAGCAUUUUUAUUUUAUUAUAAUAAAAAAGGUUAAUGUACGAACUAU